CAUUAUACUUGUGGUAUAAUGCAUAUUUAAUUUGCCUUAUAUUUCGCAUUAAUUAAUAAGGAUAAUUUGUAAAGCUAUGUAUUGUGAAAGUGUAGCCUAAACUGAAUUUCAGAAGAUUAAUUAACCAGGAUCAGCACACUGGACAGCGCUCCUUGACUGUCAGUGCUGAAUGCGCACUGCUGGAGGGAGAGCACGCGUCCACCGGACACCCAUGAGCGCGUGAAGGUCCGCCGUUAAGCACGAGCUUGAGUCAUGGGUUCAUGGGACGCGCUGCUGCUUGAGUACCUGCUCUCCUCGGUAGCCCUCGUGUCUCUCUCAUCCAACUCGCUCGUGCUGCUGUGUUUCUCCCGAAGCUCAGAGAUCCGCGCCCGUGCGCCCGGGCUUUUCAUCCUCAACCUGUCACUGUGCAACAUCCUGUCCACCGUGCUCAGUGUGCCCACAACGCUGCUCGCGCUCUCCAAGAAGCAGAAACCGUUCGGGGACUCACUUUGCCGAGUAGCGAGCUUUGCGGAUACGUUUUUGACUACAAACGCUAUGCUGAGCAUGGCUGCCCUGGGUGUGGACCGGUGGGCGGCUGUGGCGUUUCCGUUUACCUACUCAAGCAGGGUGAGACACAAGCACGCGGCCCUGACGGUGGCUUACGCGUGGGUGCACUCUCUGGCGUUGUCCGCGGUGCCCGCGCUCUUCUCGUGGACCGACUACAGCCCGGUGUACGCCUCGUGCACAGUGCACCUGCAGCGGAUGGAACCCGGGUUCGCCGUCUUUACCGUGGUGUUUCACUGCGCGAGCUUCGCGCUCGCGCUGCUCGUCCUCUGCGUCACGAACCUGAAAGUUCUUCAAGUGGCGCGUUUCCACUGCAAGAGGAUUGACGUCAUUACCGUCCAGACUCUUUUGGUGCUGGUGGACAUUCAUCCGAGUGUAAAACAAAGAUGCUUACUGGAGCAGAAAAGAAGGAGACGGAGGGCUACCAAGAAAGUCUGCAUAUUUAUUGGCUCUUUUGUGUUCUGCUUCACUCCAUAUGUCAUAACAAGACUGGCAGAACUGAUUCCUUCAGUGCAGAUCAACCCGCACUGGGGGGUCAUCAGUAAAUGCCUGGUGUACAGCAAGGCUGCAAUGGACCCUUUUGUCUAUUCCUUGCUACGACAAGAAUACAGAAAGGCACUCAUUGGAAUGACUAACACACUUACGGGAUGCAACUUUUCCUCCUCCUCUGACCACAGCAGUAGCUCAUAUACAGAAAACGACAGCAAUGUUCAGAGGGUGAGCUGAAUGCUGAACACUUUGGAGCAAAAGAAGGAAAUUGGACCGACACACCCUUUAACCUGCAUGUAA